AUGUCUGGAAAUGGCUUGCAGCACUGCGGGCGCACAUCUGCCGGAUGCGCGGGAAACGGCAGCAGGAGCAGGAGCAGCAGCAACAGCCAGCGGGUGGACAGGACAGGACCCUUCCGUAGUCCUGCGUCCUCCAUCCUCCAUCCUCCAUCCUCCAUCUUCCAUCCUCCAUCCGCCAUUCAAGUCCAGUGUCCGUUGUCCGGCACGUGCACUACGCCAAAAUGGCAAACGGAAGUUCAAAAGAGCAAAGAGCAUGCACCAAGGCAGCGGGUGGACCAGGAUAUGCAAAACAGCGGGCACAUAUCGCCCAGCCAUAACUCAGCGCGAGUUGCCAAAAUCCGAAUCUGCAAAAAGGACAAACGGCAGUUCUGA